AUGAUUCCUAUCAGUUACAACGCUUACGUCCAACCGGCCGUCCAUGAUGUCGAGCGCUUUGGAUCAUCCCGCUUAGCCGUCGGAGGGGCUUCAAGCUUCAAGAUGAUGAAUGAGAAGGAUCAAAAGAAGCCCGGGUCCAAGAAGACGUUCUGGAUUGCCGCAAAGGCCUUGAAGGGUCUGGUAUCGAAGGCAGCCUUCUCUCUCAAGAAGUCAAAGAGCUUCACUACUCUUAAGCGCCUAUCGAGAAUGUCCUCUCGACGUGACCGCGGCCAGCACUCGCGCUCCAAGUCUGCAAACAAUAUCGACACCGCGGGUACCCUCGAAGCUCACAAUCCCCAUCGCCUUUCUAUCAUCGAAGAGGCGUCUCGCGAGUCGCGCGAGUCGUCCCACGACAUCUACUCUGCCAACAUGUACGAUGAACAGGGCUUCCUCAGUGAAGACCACGAGGACAUCUACGAUCUCGACGAGUUCGAGAUGAUGAACUCCAAUGUCGGACCCCACGGCCAGGACAAUGGAGCCCUCACCCACGACACGGUCUUGUACGGCAACUGGGAGCAAGACAACAACUUGCACGAGUUCAACCGUUCUUCGAGCCCGGAGACGGUCGCUUUUGACCAUGCCCGCUACGCCGGUGUCAACCUCUGGGAAGUGAGCAUCAGCACCGAUUCGGAGUCGUACUCGCGUUCGGUCCAUGAAGUUCCUGAUCCCAGCAUCAAGAUAGAAGGAAUCCCCACGACCAAGGACUGGUCCAUCUUUCAAAGCAAGCUGGUCGACUACGGUGCCGAUGAGCCUAGCCCUCAGCUCCCUGGCUGCUCGGCCGGUCACCCUUUCGCGAAGGAGUGGUUCAUGACAGACUCCAUGAUGAAGGCCUACGAUGCUGUACGCGGCUCCAUGCGGGAUGCGAACGACCCGCUGCGAUCUUGGAUGGAGGUGAAGGCUUUUGAGUCUGCUCUAAGAGCGAAGAGAGAUGCUACCAAGGUUGCGGUUGACGGCCCUUCUUGCCAACAUGAUGAGAAGCCAGACGUCAAGGGAAAAGGAAGAGCUGCCGAUGGCGGCGGCUUCGCUCGCAGCGAGCACGACGAGAAGCCUGAGGGCAAGGGAAAGGAAAGGGCUGUCGACGGUGGCGGCUUUGCAUGCGGCGAACCCCAGAAUACUUCCAAGACGCAGCCAUCUCCUAUCAAGGGAGCCGCGACUUCGGGCUUGAGGGCUGAUGUGAAGCGAGAGAAGGAUGACUACGUCAAGAUGCUCGAUGACACCCACCUGUUGUCUGCUGAGUACGCCCCGGAUACUGCGGACAGGAAGGGAGCCUACAAUGUCCCUCGCCCCAAAUAUCUCCACAUCGCGCCCGAUUUCGAAGAUUUCAGAUUCGAAGAUUACCUCCCUCCGAUCACCAAGACCCCUGAGUCCUCUUUCAAGGGGCUGCUCCCCUACAAACUGCCUUACGACCCGGACCGCAACUUUGUCGAGGACUACGGUAUCUCGGACGACGAGGGUGAUCCCGAGACUGGAAGAAUCUCCCCUUGUACUUUCCGCCUUCUGGCCGAGGGAUGUGCUGAGCAGAACACUGACGGAAAGGUCUUCAUGGCCGAUGAUGCUCAGCGUAUGCGUCCCGAGACUUCCAUGGACGAUGGCCCUCCUAAAGAGAAAGCCCCUGACCGUCUCCUCAUGGAGUUCGAGACCCAGAGAGACAUCAACGACAAUGGCUAUCUCACGCCCUGCUACUCUCUUGACUCCGAACCUUCCAUCAUCUACCUGCCUGCUGGCGUGACCUUCCAGCACAAGAUGCGCAACUGGUGGUUCGGCCUCUUCGAUCGCAUGAACCCCGAAGUCGCACGCAACUUCCGCAAGAUUGAGUAUCAUGAACAAGGCGACCCCCCGAUCGCGCCUCCCAAAGCUGCCACUGAGGAUUCGACCACCACUACCGAGCCCAGCGGCCCCUGGGCCCAGCACUACACCCACUCCGACAUCGAGACGAUCCUCAACACCCCCGGUGCUCGCAAGGUCGCCGGCGUCGAGGCGACGAGCGCGGCCGAACUCAUCACGCAGCGCCAGAAGACCAUCCUCCGCUGGAAAACCCGAGACGAGGAGGUCACCCGCGAGAACGCCGUCCUGCGCGUCGACGUCGGUCAAGCCCAGAAGGAGCUUCGCGAGAUGCGCCUGUCUGUCGACCACGUCCUGGCGCAGAGGGCCGCCCAAGAACGCGCCGAUCGCGAGCGUGCAGCGCGGGAGCUCAGAGAGGCCUGGGAGCGCAAGGCCGCGUGGGAGCGUGCUGAGAAGGAGAGAAUCGCAGCGGAAGAGCUCGCCGAGAAGGAACGCAAGGCCGCCGAGGAGGUUGCUGAGCGAGAGCGUAAAGCUGCUGAGGAACGCGCCGAAGAGGAGAGGAAGGCGGCCGAGGAGCUCGCCAAGCGCCAGAAGCAUGAGAAGCGGGUGUUGCGCCGUGUGUCUGCGCACUUGCACGACUUGCGGUACGAGGUUCAGGCCAAGUUCCACUCCCUCAAGGACGCCGAGGAUGAGAAUGAGAAGAUGAAGAAGGAGCUGGUUCGUUGCAAGACCCGUAUCAUGGAAGAGUGCUCGAGAGCCAACUUGUCGAGUCCCGAUGAGGUUCGCCGGGCUGUCUCGCAGAACUUCCGGGAUAAGAUGGCGGCCUUGGACCUUUCUGGUUGA